AUGUCUGAAUCGCACUUGUUAGCACCUCCUCAGGAGCCGUCGCGCAACUAUCGCUCCCACUCCCUGAAAACACAGAGUCAGCCCUUCCUGUUUCCACCCCGAACUAAGCGACGUACCCUGAGUCUUCCAUCGACCAAACCAAUCAUCCCGCCCUUCAUUGUCAUAAGCGAUUACCAAGGCAACAAUGUAAGUGAACGCGAAGAUGGAGAAUUAAGAUGUGAAUAUCACAAGGAAUGCAUGGGUAAGUUUUUUUUUGUGCGUGUAUGUCCGCGUGAUUUCGUUUUCUCGUUCAGAGACUGUAGACAGUCAGUUUCAGUUUAAGAAUAUGUGCUUUUAAGAUUCCAAAAAACAUGGCACGUCCAGGAAUGUUUAAGAGAUAUGUAAGUACCAUUAUACUAUUACUAUACCGUCAAAAUCCAUUUCGUUUUUGUUUUCUCAUUUCAAUUGAUAAAUACCGUUUUUGUUUCAGAAAACAACAACGAUAUAUGGUUUGCAUUAAAAAAACACUGGUCGUUGUAGUAAACCGACACCAUAAUGCAUACAUGUUUGGUCAAUUUCUAAUAUCAAAAUUAAACGCGUAAUUUUUCGUUAUCCCUCUUCUUUUCAGCGUGGUACACGCCCGUACUUGGUUUUUCUUGUAGUGUUCUGAUUUACUUCUGCUCAUGCGCACUGGCCUACUAUUCAAAAGCAAGUUAA